AUGACCGAGUCGAGCGUCACCCUGCCGCUCGACGAGGGAGACGUCGUCUUGGUGCACUCGGUCCACACCAACGGAUGGGCAGACGGAACCCUGCUGGCCACGGGCGCCAGGGGCUGGCUGCCCACAAACCAUUGUAAUGCCUACGAGCCCGACGACAUGCGCAGCCUCCUCAACGCUCUUCUAAACUUCUGGGACCUUUUGCAGAGCACGUCCAUGGACGACAAUGAAAUCUUCAGGAACCAAGAGUUCAUGAAGGGCAUCAUCGCCGGCGUCCGCUCUCUCCUGGAACGCACAAACUGCCUGAACAGAGAGUCUCCCGUAGUUUUGCGCAGCGACUCGCUUCGAAGGUCUCGAAAGUCGCUGCUCUCCGAACUUUCGCUGCUGGUCAAAACGGUAAAACGGUUGCAGAAGUGUCAGAAGGGCGCUCUCGAACCCCCGGAGGACGUCAACGACCUCGAUGAGAUGAUUCUCAAGGCAUUCAAGAUCGUCAUCAAGGCCGUCCGGUUCCUCGAUAUCCUGGACGAAGACACCAAGUCCCGGGCUUCGGCCGCUGUCACCGUCGUAGCCACCGUCGCCGAGGAAUCCGGAUCCGGCGCGCCAGCGUCGGAACUGGGCGGGACUUCGGCUGCAAACGCUCCUGCCUCGCCCUGGGGCAAGCGCCUGAGGUCCCUCACCGCUCCCGUGCACCCCGCUCAGAACAGGCUGUCGCGAGGAAGCCUGCAGCAGGCCAAUAGCCUCUCUAGCGCAAUGGCGCAUCGUGUCUCGUUGGCCGGUCCCUCGCCCUUGUCCAGGCCGGACCAUCUGGCCUCAGAACGCCUCAAUCGAAGCCACGAUAAGUUCCUCUCGCAUCUAGGCUCUUUCAUCGGCAGGCUGAACCUGCAGUCGCAUUCGCGGCCCGAGCUCGCACUCGCCAUCAAAUUAUCAGCCACGUCAGGUGGGGAGCUCUUGGCCGUCAUUGACAGUGUCUGCGCAUACAACAGCUCGAGCCUCAACGCCCUCGGUCAUGUCCGGGUGGCCAUGUUUGAGCGGAUCAAGACCAUGGUGCUGUCCGCCCGCGACAUUUUGGGUCACUCGACCACGGAGGAUGGCUCGGACCUCAUCAUGCCCAACGACAACGCUACGCUGCUCAUGGCGGCCACAGGCUGCGUGCGGGCCGCCGGUGAAUGCGUUGCCCAGGCCAAGGCGGCCGUCGAGAGCGUCCUCGAUGCCGUCAUGCAGGAGCGAACCAGGACCCCGUCGGUCACGGGCCGGUCCGAUGCCACCAGCCCUGCCGAGUCUUGCAACGCUGCUGAGCCGCCGCAGCCGAGGCGGCGGACACUCGGCGCGGUCGACAAGCCGCUGCCUCGGGUUCCCAAGCGCAGCCUCCCCACGGAGCAGCAUCAUCCGCCGAGCCGCGCUCCCGGUUCUUCCCGGGCGGCGUCGGUUCACGAUAACAACGUUUCGAGCGCAGCGUCGUCCAUCUCGUCGGCCCGACCCGCCCCCGGUCCUCGGACUGCGGGCUCCACCGCUCCCUAUCCCGCCGAUCGCAUGUCGGGCGCUGAUGCCUUGAGGAGCGAGCAAGAAAUGCACUCCUCGCGAUUCGAUGUCCUCGCGGCCUCGAGUGCUGGGAGCACCGCGACGUACCUGAGCCGAGACUCGAAAGCCAGUCUUGUCUUGCAGACGUCGACGAGGGCCACCACGCCGGAUCAUGGCCUGGGGCCGCGCAGCCAGCCGUCCAUGUCGGAACUGAGCAUGACGGGCAGCUUCUCGCAAGCCGAAGAGGCCGAUGAUGUCGAAACAAGGCUCGUCGAGAGAACCUAUGCGCACGAACUGAUGUUCAACAAGGAGGGCCAGGUCACCGGCGGCUCCUUGCCAGCGCUGGUUGAGCGGCUCACUACCCACGAGUCCACGCCCGAUGCUGCCUUUGUCUCCACCUUUUACCUCACCUUUCGGCUCUUCUGCACGCCGGUCAAGCUGACACAGACCCUCAUCGAACGCUUCGAAUACGUGGGCGAAUCCCCUCACAUGUCGGCACCCGUCCGCCUCCGAGUGUACAACGCCUUCAAGGGCUGGCUCGAGUCUCACUGGAGGGAGCAGACCGACCGGGCGGCGCUGAAACUCAUCAUUUCUUUUGCCGAGGAGAGACUUGGCGCCGUGCUCCCUACGGCCGGGCCCCGGCUCCUCGAGCUGGCCAAGCGAGUUUCCGAACAUGGCUUGCUGGUACCCCGGCUGGUGUCGUCGAUGGGCAAGACAAACACGGCCAUUGCCCAGUAUGUGCCCGCGGACACGCCGCUACCCCAGCCGGUCAUCUCCAAAAGCCAGCUGCACACGCUGAACUCCUUCAAGGCGGGGGGCAGCACGCCGACUCUACUGGACUUUGAGCCCCUGGAGCUGGCCCGCCAGCUGAUUAUCAGGCAGAUGGCCAUAUUCUGCUCCAUUCUGCCGGAAGAGCUGCUUGCCUCACAGUGGAUGAAGAACGGCGGAGCCGAAGCGCGGAACGUCAAAGCCAUGUCGUCUCUGUCGACGGACCUGUCCAACCUGGUGGCCGAGACGAUUCUCCAGCACCACGAGAUCAAGAAGCGCGCGGCCGUCAUUAAGCAGUGGAUCAAGAUUGCCCACCACUGCCUGGAGCUCCACAACUACGACGGCCUGAUAGCCAUAGUCUGCAGCCUCAACAGCAGCACCAUCAGCCGCCUGCGCAAGACUUGGGAUUCCAUCUCGUUCAAGCAUAAGGAGAUGCUGCGUGCCAUGCAGGAAAUCGUUGAGCCGUCGCAGAACCACAAGGUGCUGCGGACGCGGCUGCACGACCACAUGUUGCUGGGCACCGAGCCCGAUGACGCGGGCGCUGGCGGCUUAACCGUUGUCAACUUUGACAAGCACUGCCGAACCGCCAAGAUUAUCGGGGAGCUUCAGGGAUUCCAAAUCUCCUACCGGCUGAUGGAGGUGCCCGAUAUGCAGGACUGGCUUGGUGCGCAGAUCCGGCGGGUUCGCGACGGCGACCAAGGAAACGGGCAAGUCACGUACUAUCGCAAGAGCUUGCUUUUGGAGCCGCGCGAGUCGGCUCACCGCCGAGAAAAUGAGCCACCGAUGCCCAUUUCGACGGGAUCAGGGGCUUCGUGUGCGGGUCUGUUUGCGUGGAUGUCCUGCGAUCGAGGUGGCCAGACCCCUACUCCGGCUUGA